AUGAAACCAUCACAGCCCCGUCUUGUUCUGGCGCCGCCGCUCCCUAAUGGAGCGGAAAAAGAUAAGAACUUCCUGGAGUCAAGCUUUUUCCAGAUCCCGAAUCAGCAUCUCCCCACUCCAGAACAAGUAAGGGCCUUAUCCACCGAUCUUUCGACCAGCCCCCAACCAAAGCCCGUCAUCUUCACAGAUCCUGAUAUCUUCGUCAAGUUUGGCCGUUAUGUCUCUGUUGGGGAAGCCCAGUGCCUCUGGAUGGUAAGACAAGCCCUUGGCGACAAAGUGCCUGUCCCCGAGGUUUUCGGAUGGCGGGUCGAUGACGAGGGCUAUGUGUUUAUCUACAUGGAGCUGAUUCAAGGCGAAACACUGCUGGAUCGAUGGGAGCAUUUGACAAGCUUGGAUAAGGAGGGAUUACGAGAUCAUUUGUCUCAAAUUCUCGCCGAUUUGCGUCAGCUCAAGCAGAACUGCGACCAGUAUAUUGGAUCACUAAACCGGGAUAAACUUCCUGACUACGUCUUUCAGUCCCUACGACAAGCCGGUCCGUUCCCCAGCAUCAGGGAGUUCAAUGACUGGUUCUCCUCCCUGCCACAGGCCCGGCUUGCUGGAUCUCAAAGAUACACCGACCCUUAUAGGCAUCUUUUGCCGGACGAUGGAGAUAUCAAAUUUACCCAUGGAGAUCUUCAUCGGGGUAAUAUCAUGGUAUCUUCGACAUCUCCGCCCCGGAUCCUUGCUAUUGUGGAUUGGGGACAGGCAGGCUGGUACCCGGACUACUGGGAAUAUUGUAAAGCUCUCUAUACAUGUUGGUACGAGGACGAGUGGCGUCAGGACUGGAUUGACAGGGUUUUGGAGCCCCGGUUUGAGGAAUCGCAGGUCUUUUCCGAAUAUACCAUGGCGAUUGGUGCUGUCUGA